CUCUGUCUACACACUAGCCCAGCAACAGCCAGGUCUUCCACCAGCCUACUGACAGACAGAGUGCUAACCUUCAGAUAAUUAUCUGUCCAUCCAGUUGCACCCAUCUCUCUUUUUUUGUUAGUUUCUCAGUGUGUCAAGUGUGUUUGUMUGUGUGUGCUCCGUGGGUUUGCGUCUCUUCGGACCAUGUGUGAGUGUCUACGUGGGAUAUUCAGAGUCACCUGGACACCGUCUUCCAAUGCAGACUCUGACAGAGAAUUGGAAGAAAGUCAUGUAUUUACCCAGGCCAGAGAACCAGCCGUGAAAGACAAAAGGCGGUCUCCCCCUUCGGACAGGCCUCCCACCGCCCCCCACGCCAACCCUCACCACAGUGCCUCCCCAGAGGACCAGGAGAGCCCAGAGAGAGUGGUUCAGAAAGAGAAACUGCAUGCAGAGCUGAAGCAGGUGCUGAGUCUGAAGAGAAGCCACCUGAAAGAGACGUCUCAUUUGGCCCAACCGGAGAUGGAUUCUUCAACAGAGGCCCGAGCAGUGGAGGAGACUGCAUCUGAGGUGGUGGAGGUUGUGAUGGAGACAGAGCCUGAGGCCGGAGCCAGUGGCUACAGUGUCACAGGUGGAGGGGAGCGAGGCAUCUUCAUUAAGGACGUCCUUAAAGACUCCACUGCAGCAAAGCAUCUUAGCCUCCAGCAAGGAGAUCAGUUGCUCAGUGCAAGAGUCUACUUUGACAAUGUGAAGUAUGAAGAUGCCCUGAAGAUCUUGCAGUGUGCAGAGCCUUAUAAAGUCUCCUUUUUCCUGAAGAGGACCAUCGCCGGCGCUGAUGUCACCAUGCACCCUGGCGCUGAUGUCACCAUGCACCCUGGCGCCACCAGCUUGGAACUGAAAGGACCCAAAACCAAGAUGCAGAAAAUGAGUGUCAAGAGCAUCAAACCUUUCAAAGCGAAGAAAAAGAGGGGAGGACGUUUUGGAUUGAAAAGGCUGAAGGAAAACAAGAAAGGGAGCACUGGAGCAGAGUUAGAGAUGGAGGGAUCCCCUUCCAAGGUGGAGCUCAACCCCAUUGACGUGGAGUUUGCCUUCCCAAAGUUCAAGCUGAGGAAGGAUGGGAAGGCAGAGGGAACUGAGCAGCAUGGAGGAGUGGUCGCCACUGGCAGGAAGAAGAGGAUGAUAAGGUGUCCCAGGAUGAAAGCAAAUGGUGCUGAGGCGGCUACAGGAGAAGUCGACAUAACAGAACCAGCGGGACAGACUGAUGUCUCCCUGCCAGACGUGCCUGGAGCUAAAGUCAAAGUCAAAGGAAAGGGCCACAGGUUCGGAAUUCAGUUCCCUAAAACAAAAAAGACUAAAUCGGACACUGCCUUGUCUGGAGGGUCCCUGGACCUGAAACCUCCUGAUGUCAAAUUCACACCACCCUCAGUGGAAUUCAUUUUGCCAUCUGGAAACAAGGACGUUGACCUACAGAAACCAGAAGUGAAAGUCAAGGAGGGGUCAAAAUUGAUGCACCGAGAGGUAGAGCUUUCAUUAGGACUCCCCUCAGCCUGUCACUCUGAUGAAAUUGAUGGUGAGAUAAAAGCAAAAGGUUUAGCUGAAGGAGUUGAAGGGUCAACAGGCCUAUCUGGCAUUAAGAUGCCAGCUAUUGACAUCUCUGCACCCAACAUAGAUCUGCAGCUGGACACCCGGCGUACAGUGCCAGACGAGAUAGAGGGACCCUUUUUUAAAGGGCCAAAUAUAUCCAUGCCCAAAACUGACAUCUCAUUACCAAAGAUUGGAUCAUCUAACAUGGAUAUUGAAGGUCCAGAAAAGGGUGGAAAAUUUUGCCUGCCAAUUGUUGACAUUUCACUGCCAAAGAUGAUACCAGCAGAAGCAAAUGUUGAUGUGGAAGGACACAUUGGAAAAGGAGGCAAGUUCAAAACACCAACUUUUGAUGUUUCUCUUCCAAAAUUCAUGUCUCCAGAGGAGCAUAUGAAUAUAGAGGGGCCUGAAGUCAAAGGGGAGUUCAAAAUGCCAAAAGUUGACCUUUUACGCCCAAAAGGUAAAGCAGAGGGAGCGGUGGACAUUGAAGGAUACUUAGGAAAAGGAGGUCAAUUUCAGAUGCCCACAUUUGACAUUUCUCUACCAAAAAUGAAGUCAUCAGAGAGAGAAAUGAAUGUAGAACGACCUGAAGUGAAGGGUGGCAAAAUUAAAAUGCCCUCUAUUGACAUAUCUCUCCCUAAAGGAAAAGCAGAGGGGAAUAUUAACAUUGAGGGACAUUCUGGAAAAGGAGGCAAGUUCAAAAUGCCCUCAUAUGACAUUUCUCCUCCUAAAAUGAAGGGUGAUGCUAGUUUAGAGGGACCUGAAUUGAAAGGGGGAAAGUUUGAAAUGCCCACACUUGAUAUUUCCCUUGCCAAAGGAAAAACAGAGGGUGAAGUCAACAUUGAUGCAAAUGUAGGAAAAGAAGGAAAGUUCUCUCUUCCAAAAAUAAAGUUACCAAAGGGUGACAUGAAAAUAGAAGGAUCUGAUAUGCCCACUAUAGAUUGUUCACUCCCAACAGGAAAAACAGAAGGAGACAUGAGCGUUGAAGGAGAUGCAUCUAAAGGCGGAAAGUUUCACAUGCCUUCACUUGAUAUUUCUGCUCCAAGAGUGAAGUUACCAGAGGGUAAAGCCGUAGUAGAAGGCCCUGAAAUUAAAGGUGGAAAGGUUGAGAUGCCAAAAAUGGAUGUUUCCCUUCCAAAAGGCAAAACAGCGGGAGAAGUUAACAUUGAAGGCCAUGUCAGUAAAGGGGGCAAGUUUAAGAUGCCCAAAUUCGGCAUUUCUUUCCCGAAAUUGAAGUCACCAGAGGUUAAGGUCAACACAGAGGGACCUGAAGUCAAAGGAGGGAAGUUUAUAAUGCCUACAAUUGGCAUUUCAAUACCAAAAGGAAAAUCGGAAGGUGACAUCAAUGUUGAAGGAGAUUCUGAAGCAGGAGGCAAAUUUCAUAUGCCCACAUGUGACAUUUCUCUUCCAAAAAUGAAGUCACCAGAAGCAGAUAUCAGUUUAGAAGGACCAGAAGUCAAAGGAGGAAAGUGUCACAUGCCAACAAUUGACCUUUACCCUUCCAAAUGAAGUUGCCUGAAGGUGAAGUCAAA